AUGUCUGCGGUAACCGGGAGUUUGGAUUGCGAGGACUGUUUAUCUUCGGCACAUGUGGCCAACAGCACGGAGUUACAACCGCGCUCCGUUGUGGAUGAUGACGAUGAACUUCUGAGAUACAUCUGGAGAGAGUACUUACACCCCAAGCAGUACGAAUGGGUUCUCAUCGUAGCUUAUAUUAUAGUCUUCUUCGUCUCACUCAUUGGAAACUCGUUGGUUUGUUUUGCAGUGUGUAAAAACCGCCACAUGCGCACCGUGACCAACUACUUCAUCGUGAAUCUCUCCUUUGCCGAUGUCUUGGUCACCAUCAUUUGCCUGCCUGCCAGUCUUGUGGUCGACAUCACGGAGACGUGGUUCUUCGGAAACACUCUUUGCAAAGUUGUGCCUUAUCUGCAGACCAUCUCUGUUUCCGUAUCAGUCCUGACCCUGAGUUGUAUUGCCCAAGACCGUUGGUAUGCGAUCUGUCACCCUCUGAUGUUCAAGAGCACAGCCAAGAGGGCCCGCAAGAGUAUUGUGGUCAUCUGGGUUGUGUCGUGCAUCAUCAUGAUCCCUCAGGCUAUUGUGAUGGAGUGCAGCAGCCUGGUGCCAGAACUAACCAACAAGACCAGCCUGUUCACAGUGUGUGAUGAACACUGGCGAGCUGAGAUCUACCCUAAGGUGUACCACACCUGUUUCUUCAUUGCCACAUACUUUGCACCCUUGUGUCUCAUGGUCCUGGCGUACAUCCAGAUAUGUCAUAAGCUGUGGUGUCAACAAAUUCCUGGAAGCACAUCAGUGCAAAGGAAAUGGAGGCCCAUCCAGUGCUCAGCUACAGCUUCAGGGGAGCCUGUGAGGGUCAGAACCAGCACGGUUUGUGCUGAGAUCAAACAGGUCCGAGCCCGACGCAAGACGGCUCGCAUGCUGAUCGUGGUGCUCUUUGUGUUUGCCCUGUGCUACCUGCCCAUCAGCGUGCUCAACGUCAUGAAAAGAGUUUUUGGGACCUUCAGGAAAACAGACGACAGAGAAACAGUGUACGCAUGGUUCACCUUCUCACAUUGGCUCAUAUAUGCCAACAGUGCAGCAAAUCCCAUCAUCUACAAUUUCCUCAGCAGGAAAUUCCGUGGGGAGUUCAAAGAAGCCUUUUCCUGCCACGGUCCAAAUCAAACUGAGAGGACGAGGCCCCGAGUGAGCACAGACAGUCGGAAGUCGUUGUCAACUCAAGUCAACAACGGGGACAAUGUGUCGCGGAUAUCAGAUCACGUAGUGUAGUCGUAAUCCAGGAUCCUAAACAUAGGACAUGGAAAUCACUUGUCAUUCACUGAAACUGGACGCCAUUUGAAUGGGAGUAUUUCAACUCGUAUCGUAUGUAUUUUAGGUUAAGUGACAUUUUGAUUGCACAUUGACACUUUUAUUGUAUUGUAAAUUUCAUAUAUUGACUGUCUUAGUUGCCAACAUCUGUAUAUUAUGCGCAUUCAUUCAUAUUUAAAUAUUUUUUUGGGUGGUAUACCAUUUUGUUUUUUACAACAUGAGAAGAGUGAGUGCGAUAGAGAAUAUAUUUUAUAAUGACCUCUACCUCAUUAGCAGAUGUCCAUCUUCAGUGUUGAUGCCCUUUUUGUUCUGUGCACAGAACGUAUGGAAAUGAUGCCCAGUUAAACAUCGUAAACAUUCAUCAGCCUUUUGAAGACCAAAAUGAUACACAUGACAAUGGACCUCAUUGCGUUCCAUUAUAGCUGCAAAUUUGCCCUCUAAUAACGCCAUGGCAAAAUUAUCCAUUUGAAAAUCUUUUUGCAAAUGCAUAAAAACGUUUAUGUCAUUCAGCUCUUGACCGCUCCAGGGCCGAGGACACACUUUGCUGUCGGAAAAACAGUAGCCGGCGUGACAACCAACUCAUUUUAUAUUAAUGCCAACAUCCUAAUUCAGGACAAGUUCUGAAAUAUGUUUUGUGAUAGAAAUCAACAAUUUUGGACCUCAAACAUGAACACUGACAAAAGGUUUGGCUAUUAAUCAAGCUCUGCAUUACAGCUUCGCUGAGGCUUCUAAGUCAUCAACAAGUAUGUUUCAUAAAUAAUCAUCCAUAAUGUAUAUAAUAAAAAAGUGAGUAAAGGCAUAUAUGAAAAAAAAGUAAAACAGUCGUGUGAGUUCAGAAUAUUACAUCAUUUUACUGUAAUUCAGCUUUUAAGACCUGGAAACGACAACACUGUAUUACCGAUUAUUUAUGAUACCCAAAAUCUUAUAUGUAUAUAAUUCUGGUCCUUAAUCAACAACCACUGGUUUAUUUCUAGGAUUUAACUGAUCUAGAACAAUUGCAACAAUGGUGAAGUGAGUGAAAUGUUAUAACUUACUUAGUUAAUUGUAAAAGAAAAAAAGGGUAAUUAACUGCAAUCAAUUCAAAACAAUUACUUAGCUAAAUACUUUGUGGAUACUGUUUGUGGAUAUAUCCGUCUUUCAAUCUAUCUCAUAGAUGUAGAGUUACGCCCCCUCACAGAAACGAGACAAAAGGCUUGUAUUGUUCUGUGACUGUAAUGGUUACAGAAACUGAGCCGACGAUAAGUGCAACUCGGGGUCUGUUAGCUGACCCCAGACCUGCCCGUGUUGAUACUUUUUCAGACUUCAGCUAAUAUUUAGUGGUUUAGUUACUCGUUAAAGCCACCUGCUUAUUCAGGAUGUAUCUGAGACCGGUGCCCCUGGUGGUGGCAUUGAGAAGACACUGUGGCAAUCAGCAAUACAUUCAUUUACUCCUCUUCCUCAGUCUAUUGUUGUGCAGACUGGAAGAGUUUACACAACCCUCCAGUCCGGUCUUAAGACAUAUUGCAUCAACAUCUCUUCUCAGUUUUGCAUACAUUUUGUAUUGUAAAUGUACAUUUGUUGUCAUGGAUUUCAGUAUCAUUUCACUUCUGUCAAUACUUUGUGAUUCUUUUCCAUUUCUGUUUGAAACCUCCUUGUAUCUAAACGUUACUGGAUAGUAUGUUGGUCUUUGUAUCUUUAAAAAUGAUAACAUUGGUGAAAGUAAUAUAUUUGUUGAUAAAACUUAAUUUAUUGCUGCUAAUAAAUAAACAUGAUAUGACUUUUGUUUUUACAAGCUUUUGAGGGUCAAAUGUUAUUG